AUGCACGAUAUGUAUCUUCGUAAGGCUACAGAGCUUUCAAGAAAGACCAUUCGCUAUGCUGCCUCACACGUGAAACUGGACGUUGAAUUGGGCGAUGUUCAUCCUGGUGAACUUGAUGGGUUCAUCAGUGGGUACUUUGUAGGACGUCGUGGGUGGAGGUCGGUCUUUGAUAAUGAAGACGUUGGAGAAGCCGCCGGUCUGCGAUUUGAGAACCCGCCGGUCUUUGACUUUGAAGAUAGACUCACAGACUCUGAUGAUGAUGCUGUAGGCUGUAGCAUCUUAGGGAUGGCCUUAUAACUAGAUUUCAGCUUAGCAAAUCCGUUGUUUGUUUUUGGAGUUUCUUUGGGGGAAAGGGGAUAGGCAUUACCACUUUAUGGCUGCAAGCGUGUUUGUAUUCCUUUGUACAAAUUGCACAUGUAUAUUGUUG